AUGGUACAACACAGGAUAAAGGCGUGCGCGGCAUAUCUCAGGCACUUGUGGCUUCUGGCUGCAAUGACUGCCGCGUCGGUCCUCGUCACAAACGUAGCCGCGGGGACAGCAGGCAGAGACCGUACUUCUGGAUACGUGAAUGUCGGGAGCGGCUCUGAUAACGUCACGUUUGUCUUCUACGGUGCAACAGGAGACCUCUGCAGGAGAAAACUCUACCCGACGGUCUUCCAACUCUUUUUGGAGAAUAAGUUGCCAGAAGCGUUUUUCAUUGUAGGCAUGAGCAAUCAAGACAUGAGCUUGGCCGACUUCCGUAAGAUGCAUCGACCUCAGCUCGAGAAGGUCUGGAGUUCUUCUAAGCAGUCAGUUGACCCUGCAAGAGGCAACUUAUUGAAGCAGUUCGAGGGGCGGAUGAGCUACACCUCGGGUUCUAUCGACGAUGAUAAUGUUUUACGCCCUUUCUGCCACAAAAUAUCGAAAAUGGAACUGCUCCGAGCACCUAAUUCUCGUUGGGGUCGACUGCUGUACCUGGCGUUGCCUCCCCAUAUCUUCGCUGUGGCGGCCGCCGGGUUCAAGCGUAAUUGCUCGGCACACGAAACAAAUGAAGGCCUCCUGAUUUUGUUGUUGCAGAUCUAUCGAAUAGACCAUUAUCUUGGCAAGGAGAUGCUGCUGGCGCUCCCACCGCUGAGGUUCACGAAUACUUUCCUCGAGCCUCUGUUGAACCGAAACUACGUGAAGGAGAUUGUGAUUUCGUUCAACGAGGAUAUUGGUAUCAGCGGUCGUGGCGAGUUCUUUGAUGCUUACGGUAUAAUUCGGGACGUCAUGCAGAAUCACCUCCUCCAACUUCUGACUCUCGUGGUGAUGGAAAGACCAGCCACUUUGAGUGAUGAGGAUAUCAGGGACGAGAAGGUGAAGGUUCUGAAACAGAUCGAUCCCAUUAGUCUUGCUGAGACUGUCGUCGGCCAGUACGCGAAGUCAGAGGACGGGAGCGUGGCAUCGUAUCUGGAAGCUGGUAAAGGCAUGGGCAAGAAGACCGUCUACGUCCGGAUAAAGUUUGCUGGCGUCCCAGGUUUCAGAGGCAGCACAUAUGACUACCGAGGAGAUAGUUUGAUCCUGGAAAUCCAGCCGCAUCCUUCUGUGCGCUUUGAAAUCAACGCCAAGGCACCCGGAGCCGGAUUGACUCUGGAGAGAGACAGUCUGAAAAUGGAUGUCACAACGGACGGCGUACGGAUCCCCGAUGCCUACGAAAACCUUUUGAGCAACGUGCUUCGCGGGGAUAAAAGCCAAUUUGUUAGAACCGAUGAACUCCGUGAGUCGUGGAGGAUUUUCACGCCGAUGUUGCAUCAAUUAGAAGAGCAGCAGAUCCAGCCGCGACUGUAUGCUUUCGGGUCACCUGGUCCUAGUGGUGCUAUGCAUGAGUUGCGUGAACAUAAGGCAACGCAACAUCUUCUUGUCCACGCAUGA